CUAUUGGUUAACGUACCGUACGAUUUUAGAUUGGACUCGGCUCUACACCUGUCUAUUUACAGUAAAAAGUUGGCACUAAACUAUGAACCGUGAACCGUCUCCUGAACAGUGAACCGUCUCCUUCUCAACGGACUUAAACUAUGCAUGUUUUCAUAACACGUUUAAUUUGCACUAACAAAACGAUACCAUUUUGAAGCUAUUGUGAAUAUAUAUCCAAUGUUGGAACGAUAGAAGAGGAUUCAAAGAGAGAGAGAGAGUUAUGUACAUUUGUUUUAGGAUUUGUACACAUUUUUAGAUUUAGAUCCGAAUUCUUUUAAAGAAUUGUAACCUCCCAGCCUGAUUAAAGAAGUAACACUCGUAUUCUCUCUUCAUAGUAGCUGAGAUUAGCUAGAUUGAAAUACUAAUUGGUGAAAUCUUGUAAAUAUUUUAAAGUAUAGGCUCAAUUAUGCAAAAUAUUUUUUUUUUCUUUUUUUUUUUUAUUAUGCAAAAUAUACACUAGGCGAAUACCAAUAAAUAAAAGAUAAAAGAGGACUCCCAAAGCGCCGUUUGCAUUUUCGAAUUUGAAUCAUUCCUCUGAAAAUAUCGAAUCAUCUCUCAAAUGUCAGACGAGAAGGUAAUCAUCGAUCUCUGCAGCUCCGACGAGGAAGAAGACAAUUUCGCUGAUCAGAAUCGUUUCGAGGAAGAGAUCGACCUAACGGAAGAUGCAGAUACGAGUUCAAGUGAGGAAGAUAGCGAUUGGAACCACGAUGAUACUACCACCGACUCAGAUGUGGAGUACGACAUAGAUAACGAAACCGGCCAAAAAGGCCAUGCUGCUGCUGCUGCUGCUGCUGCUGCUGCUGCUGAUGAUGAUGAUGAUGAUGAUGGUGACAAAGUCACCCGCCUGCUCACAGCGGGGAGUGAUUUGAUGAAAUCUCUAAAUGUAACUGAAUGCAAAGCGUACCUGAGAAAGCAUGGUCUCAGAUUAUCUGGUACAAAACCAGUUUUUGUUGAGAGGAUUCUUGAGCAUUGGAGGAUUAAAGAUGGGAGUGGAGAAUCACUUUAUCCAAUUUCAUCUUUUCCUAUCAACUGUAAAGGUGAUGUCUGCAAAGGAGACACUGUUUUGUUCACACAGAAGGUGAAAGGGAGUGGGAAGGUUAUGGGGAGGAGAACUGUCGCUGGCCAGGUUGUUAAAGAAAGCUACGGUACUGUUAAACAGCAACACACUUUCACUAUUGAAGUGCUUUGGUGCGAGGGGAUGCAGAAAUUGCCUCCCUUGUACCCUUUACUAGUGAAAGGACGGAAUCUUUAUAGGUUAAUGACCAUGAGGCAGCGAUGGGCUAAUGAAGACGACAGAGUAAAAGUUCUUUCUGAAAAGCAUAGCCGUGGUGCUGCAGCAAGAAAAGUUAUGAGAGAAAGGAAAAUAAAGUUAGGCUAUGUAAUGAAAGAUGGAAGACUUCAAAAGCCUGGUCAUGUGAAGAAGCCUUGUCAAGUAAAGACAAGAAAAAAUGAGAAUCAAACUCAGAGGUCUAGUCACUCACUUGUUGCUUCACAAGGGGGUCAUAAGAAUCCAACCCAGUUGAGGAAUAUAAAUCCCCCUUUCCACUCCCAUACAUAUGCUCCUCGACCCCACGGUCCUCCACCACGUGCUCCUCUUACAUAUGCUCCUCGUCCAUACGCUCCUUUUAGUGUCCCUCAGUCACAUCUUCCUCGGCCAUAUGCUCCUUUCAAUGUCCCCCAUUCACAUCUUCCUCGUCCACAACAAAACCAAUCAAUCCAAAGACCACCACUGGCUUUCUUCAACGGAAGACCUACUUCUAAUGCUUUGCAGGGACAAGCAUCUUUCAACCCACACGCUAUGCCUGUUACGCACCAGAGGAGGCCAUACCAGAACCAUGCAAGCUCGAACAGUGGCUACAGCUACGGGGUGAGGGACUUGGAUCACUUCUCGGAUAUGACAAUAAGCCACAGAAGACAAGGAAACUUAUACAGGCAGAGUGAGGCGCCUCACAGACCAUACAACAGCCAUACCUACCAUUCAAACCUUAACAACCAUGGAGAAAGUCACAUGAUAAGAGAAGGAGACACACACAAGCAGAGUAGGGACACUUACAGACCAAAUCAUCGGUGGUAACACUCAUUGGUACUGGUCUCGUUUGCAAGUAAACUUGAAUUGAAUUUGCACCUUCCUUUUUCUUUUUUUUAAUUAAAUCUGGUUUCAAGGCCAUAGGAAACAGUCACUUCUUGGGUCUUCUCUGUAAUCCUGAAAGUUCCAUCGGAUCAUAAUUCUCUUGAUUGAUCGAUCAUGCCUUUCUCAA